AUGGGGGUCGUGGAGGUGGAGUGGGGCCCGAGCAUGGGGCGCAGAUGGGGCGCAGCCCCCGGCACCCUCAGCGGGCUGCCCCACCGCAUCCUUGCCCCCCUGGUUGGGGCGGUUCCUGUGGCGUCCCCCUUGGGCCUCCUCACCGGGGUCUCCCUCCUCUUUGCAGAGAGCCUGGGCACGGAGGUGGGGCUCCUGCAGCUGCUCGGAGAGCCGCCGCCCCAGCAGGUCGCCCAGGUGGACGACCCUGACGUCGGGCCGGCCUUCGUCUUCGGCCCGGAUGCCAACAGCGGCCAGGUGGCCCGGUACCACUUCCCCAGCCCGUUCUUCCGCGACUUCUCACUGCUCUUCCACGUCCGGCCUGCCACCGAGGGCGCGGGGGUGCUGUUCGCCAUCACGGACGCGGCCCAGGCGGUGGUCUCCGUGGGCGUGAAGCUGUCGGCCGUGCGUGACGGGCAGCAGCACAUCCAGCUCCUGUACACCGAGCCCGGCGCCACCCGCACCCGCACGGCCGCCAGCUUCCGCCUGCCCGCCUUCACCGGCCAGUGGACGCGCUUCGCGCUCAGCGUGGAUGGCGCGACCGUGGCGCUGUUCGUGGACUGCGAGCUGUUCCAGAGGGUGCCCUUGGUGCGCUCCCCGCGGGCCCUGGAGCUGGAGCCCGGCGCCGGCCUCUUCGUGGCCCAGGCUGGAGGAGCAGACCCCAGCAAGUUCCAGGGAAGGAUCGCGGAGCUGAGGGUGCGCGGAGACCCCCGGGUGAGCCCCCUGCACUGUCUGGAGGAGGACGACGAGGACAGCGGUGGGGUGUCUGGAGACUUCGGGAGCGGGCUGGAGGAGAACCGGGAGCUUCUCAGGGAGCAGUCGGGUCUGUCCCCAAAGCCCAGCCUCCCUGAGGCUCCACCAGUCACUUCUCCGCCCUUGGCUGAAGGCAGGAAUGUGGAAGAUUCCAGAACUGAAGAAAUUGAGGAAGAAACCACGAUGUCUUCGUUGGGAGCUUGGACCCUCCCCGGCUCAGACACCGUCACCGCAUGGAGCGUUCGGAGCCCUGGGGGCGGCCCGGAAGAGCCUGUGCCCUCUCCUCUUCGUCCCCAGGGUCCUGCAGGCUCUGCAGUACAGAGCCCCGAUGCACAGCCUGUACCCGGGCCACAGGGCCCCCCGGGCCCCCCAGGGCCACCGGGGAAGGACGGUGCUCCUGGAAAGGACGGUGAGCCGGGCGAUCCUGGUGAAGACGGGAAACCUGGUGACCCUGGGCCACAGGGCUUCCCCGGGACCCCAGGAGACAUGGGCCCCAAGGGCGAGAAGGGGGACCCUGGGGUCGGGCCAAGAGGACCCCCAGGACCCCAAGGGCCUCCGGGGCCACCAGGACCCUCCUUCAGACAUGACAGGCUGACCUUCAUUGACAUGGAGGGGUCCGGGUUUGGCGGUGACCUGGAGAGUCUCCGAGGCCCGAGAGGCUUCCCUGGCCCCCCGGGGCCCCCCGGCGUCCCAGGCCUGCCCGGAGAGCCAGGCCGCUUUGGGAUGAACAGCUCCGACGUCCCAGGCCCCGCAGGCCUUCCUGGAGUGCCUGGGCGGGACGGGGCCCCCGGGCUUCCUGGCGCCCCGGGACCGCCAGGUCCUCCAGGAAGAGACGGGGGACCAGGAAAGACUGGCCAGAAAGGCAGCCCCGGCGAAGCGGGCGCCCCGGGACCUAAGGGAAGCAAGGGGGACCCUGGCCCCACUGGCGCUCCUGGGGAGACUGGCUUGGCAGGAGCCCCCGGACCAGCUGGACCACCAGGGCCCCCCGGGCCCCCCGGGCCUCCAGGACCAGGACUUGCCGCGGGGUUUGAGGACAUGGACGGCUCUGGGGGACCCUUCUGGUCAACUGCUCACGGAGCCGGCGGGCCACAGGGACCACCAGGCCUGCCGGGGGUCAAGGGGGACCCUGGAAUAGCCGGACCACCAGGCGCCAAGGGAGAAGUCGGAGCCGAUGGACCUCCCGGGUUCCCCGGCCUCCCUGGCAGAGAGGGCACAGCCGGAGCCCAGGGACCCAAAGGAGAAAAAGGGACCCAGGGAGAGAAAGGUGACCCAGGGAGGGAUGGAGUGGGGCAGCCUGGCCUCCCCGGACCCCCCGGGCCCCCAGGACCUGUCGUCUACGUGUCGGAGCAGGACAGAGCGGUGGCAGGCAUGCCGGGACCUGAGGGCCGGCCGGGGUACGCGGGCUUUCCUGGACCGGCCGGGCCAAAGGGAGAUCUGGGCUCCAAAGGCCAGCGGGGCCCCCCGGGACCCAAGGGCGAGAAGGGCGAGCCGGGCCCAGUCUUCAGCCCCGAUGGCGGCACGCUGGGCCCUGCCCAGAAAGGAGCCAAGGGAGAGCCCGGCUUCCGAGGACCGCCGGGUCCGUAUGGACGGCCGGGGCACAAAGGGGAGAUUGGCUUCCCUGGGCGGCCGGGUCGCCCCGGGAUGAACGGACUGAAGGGCGAGAAAGGGGAGCCAGGACAUGCCAGCGUCGGCUUUGGUGUGAGGGGCCCACCCGGUCCCCCGGGGCCUCCAGGACCCCCAGGCCCUCCCGGGACUCCCGUCUAUGACAGCAACGCCUUCAUGGAGUCUGGCCGCCCUGGACCUCCAGGAUUGCCAGGGUACCAGGGGCCUCCUGGACCGAAGGGUGACAAAGGAGAAGUGGGCCCACCAGGACCACCAGGGCAGUUCCCGCUCGACCUCCUCCAUCUGGAGGCUGAAAUGAAGGGGGAGAAGGGUGAUAGAGGAGACCCGGGGCAGAAGGGCGAACGGGGUGAGCCCGGGGGUGGCGGAUUCUUCGGCUCCAGUGUGCCCGGCCCCCCCGGCCCGCCAGGCUACCCUGGGAUUCCGGGUCCCAAGGGAGAGAGCAUUCGGGGCCAGCCAGGCCCACCUGGACCUCAGGGGCCCCCUGGCAUCGGCCAUGAGGGGCGUCAGGGGCCUCCUGGCCCCCCCGGCCCCCCUGGGCCCCCAGGGCCCCCUUCCUUCCCCGGCCCUUACAGGCAGACAAUCAGUGUUCCCGGCCCCCCAGGCCCACCUGGGCCCCCCGGACCCCCUGGAACCAUGGGCACCUCCUCAGGGGUAAGGAUCUGGGCCACGUACCAGACCAUGCUGGACAAGGUGCCAGAGGUUCCGGAGGGCUGGCUCAUCUUUGUGGCUGAGACAGAGGAGCUGUACGUCCGGGUCCGGAAUGGGUUCCGGAAGGUCCUGCUGGAGGCGCGGACACCCCUCCCACGUGGGACGGACAACGAGGUGGCCGCCCUACAGCCCCCGCUGGUGCAGCUGCACGAGGGCAACCCGUACCCCCGGCGGGAGCUCACCCACUCCACGGCGCGGCCCUGGCGGGCGGAUGACAUCCUGGCCGGCCCCCCGCACCUGCCGGACCCCCGGCCCUACCCUGGCGCCCCCCACCACGGCCCCUACCUGCGCGUCCAGCCGGCUCGCCCCACCGGCGGGCCCGCCCGUACCCACACCCACCAGGACUUCCAGCCCGUGCUCCACCUGGUCGCACUCAACAGCCCCCAGCCGGGCGGCAUGCGCGGCAUCCGGGGCGCGGACUUCCAGUGCUUUCAGCAGGCGCGCGCCGUGGGGCUGGCGGGCACUUUCCGCGCCUUCCUGUCCUCGCGGCUGCAGGACCUCUACAGCAUCGUGCGCCGCGCUGACCGCACGGGCGUGCCCAUCGUCAACCUCCGGGACGAGGUGCUGUUUCCCAGCUGGGAGGCCUUGUUCUCCGGCUCCGAGGGCCAGCUGAAGCCCGGGGCCCGCGUCUUCUCUUUCGACGGCAGAGACGUCCUGCAGCAUCCUGCCUGGCCUCAGAAGAGCGUGUGGCACGGCUCGGACCCCAGCGGGCGCCGUCUGACCGACAGCUACUGCGAGACGUGGCGGACAGAGGACGCGGCGGCGGCUGGCCAGGCCUCCUCGCUGUUGGCGGGCAGGCUGCUGGCGCAGAAAGCCGCGAGCUGCCGCAACGCCUUCAUCGUGCUCUGCAUCGAGAACAGCUUCAUGACCUCCUCCUCCAAGUAG